AAUCCUGGCGAUAGGGAAGAGGCCGGGUCAGCAUCACCAAGAGAUGAGGAUGAGACGCCUCAACCGUCUCCAGAGCGUCGGAGCUUGUUGGUCGGCCAGGAGUGGGCUGACCGUCGAUUGCAGCCCACAUACCAUCUGAACGCACGCGGACAGGCCAUUCACCUGGCAGUACUCCACGACCUCGCGGUCUCACGGCCUCAUGUUGUCUACGCACCGCACGUCUGGCCUUUAACUGCCCUUAUGUUGCAUUACCUGCGCCCACGCACUGCUCUCGCUUGUAUACGCGCUCUGCUCGACGCAGCGCCAGACGAGCGUGUAGCGCAGUCCAAGAGCCUCUGGCGUAGUCGCUGUCUCGCCCUGGAAGCUCUGCUUGACUCCAAGUCCUCCGCUCUCCUUCACUGGAGUCUCUUGAACCUCUCUCCAGUCGAGGAGGAGGGUGGAGGCAGAGGCAAGGUGGGGGGCAAGAAGAAAGAGAGCGCGAAGCAGAAGCAGAGUGAUGCACUUGCCGCUUGGCCUAUAGCCGUGUGGUUUGUGCCCUUUGAGUGCCUGGUACCAAUUGUGGACUGCUUCCUCGCUGAGGGUGUCAAGGUUCUCUUCAGAAUGGGCUUUGUUGUAAGUAAUUAA